ACAACCGUCUUAUCAACAGCUUUGAAAUUGAUUGCCCCGGAACUAAUCAUGGCGGAGCUGGCGGCACUGCGGGCCAAUACGAGCCGAAUAAUCGAGCCUUUCCAUCCCACGACUGCCAGCUCUCGGCGGCGCGGACACAGCUGCUCCCACGCUAGGGACCGAUCGACGAACCAGAUAGGUCUCUGCUUCCACUAGGGAAACGGGUGCGAAGAAUUGCCUACGCGUCGUCGAACGAGCAACCCGGAGCCCUAUGCUCAGUGUUGACUGUUCGCCACUUCCGCCGAGUACUGGAGGAGCCCACCCACAUUCACGGUAGUGACCGAUCGUACGUGCUACAGUACAAUGUGCGGUUUCAGCUAACAGUUUCACAGACGGUUGUCACGUCAACAGUUCCGACAAUCUUGCGUCCGACACUUUCUUCAGGGCGGACGAUUUGGCCGAGCCAUUAGCAAUUCCUACGAAUCGCAUCCCUUCGCCGCUGAGUUUGGGGCCGACAACAAACUGCCCCGGCUGCUGAUGGCCAACGCACUCGACCUGUGGUGAACCUGCCCGUCUGCCAGCUUGAUGGACACCUAGUGGCGUGCGGUAUUGCCGAUCGGAUCGUACAACCCUGUCUGCCACACAGACUUUACGUUGCGAGGCAUUCGACGCCGCACAUAACCCAGCACAUCCGAGCAUCCGCGAGGCGUGCCAGCGAUGUCCCUCUUCCAGGAGCCGGGCAGUCGCUUCGAGCACAUCGUUCACGUGAUCACCAUCGUGGACGACUACUUCGCCAGGUGGUGGCCAGUCGAUGAGCCCCUGGCGGAAAAACAAGCGAAGAUCGUAGCGAGGGCUCUCUGUUCGAGCACUGGAUCCCCGACAAGGGAUGUCCCUUAUAAUCAAGGAACUCAAUUCAAGUCAGCCCCGUUCCCCGGGUCCAUUCAAAUUCAAGCGGUUCGUCGUUGCGGGGUGCAGUGUUAUCAUUUUGCAUGUUGUGUCUGACCAGAUCAUAACUCACACUACUUGACGGCUUAAAAGUUUACCUUUUAAUUUCGGAUAAUGAGUUAAUUUUUGAAUUAUUUACCUAACCCAAAACUGUCAAUUAAGCAUUCUUCCGUAACCUAACUUUAUUCUCUGACCAACAAAUUAAGCCGACUUCGAAACAUUUCAAGUUGAUAAGUUGUUUAGAAUACUGAAAUAAGGAAAUGUUCACCUCGCAGAUAAUACACCACUCUAUUGGAGAAAAAGAAACAUUUUCUAUAAUGCAGUCAAUAUUUGGAAUUAUACCUCAUUGAAAAAAGAUCUGAGUACACUUGUUGAUUGGAAAAAUAAAUUGCAUGAAGACGAGAAACUUUCUAAUAAACAGUCAAUCAUGAAACAAGAAAGUGAAAAACCUAUGCAGAAACUGAAUUUUAAAACACUUUUAAAUUAUGGCAAGAGAAAAGUUAAUGUUGAAAUUGUAUCAGCUGCAACAGUAAAAAAAAAAUCAAAAGCUACUGUUGACAUUGAAUUAAUGAAAGAAGAGCUAAAGCAAUUGGAAGAUCCACCGGUAACUCUAUGGGAAAAGCAGAUAAGUUCUACAAGACUGCCAUACUCUUUCUAUGAUGUACCAUCUAAAAAUUUAGCACGGAACUUGCUUGGUAAAGUUCUAGUAAGGAAACUUGAAAAUGGAACUGUCUUGAAAGGAAGAAUAGUAGAAACGGAAAGUUACUUAGGGGUGGAAGAUAAAGCUAGUCACACAUACCAGGGAAAAGUUACACACAGAAAUAUUCCUAUGUAUAUGCCACCUGGAACCAUCUAUGUAUAUUUUACUUAUGGCAUGUAUCAUUGUUUCAAUAUAUCUAGUCAAGAAAAAGGAAGUGCAGUACUCAUCAGAGCUCUAGAACCCUUGGUAGGAAUAGAGUAUAUGGCAGAAAAUCGUAGCUGGAAACCAAAACCAAGGGAACCUAAAAAAUUAAUGAAAAAUUUAAAGAUACAUGAAUUAUGCAAUGGCCCAUCUAAAAUAUGCAUUGCUUUGCAACUAGUAAAACAACACAGUAGGUACUCAUUGUGCAAUUGGAAAGAACUAUGGAUUGAGGAUGAUGGAAAACAAGGAGAAUUUAAAAUUGUCGAAUGUCCUCGAAUUGGAAUUGAAAGUGCUGGAGCAGAAUGGGCAAAUAAACCAUUGAGAUACUAUGUUUAUGGACAUAAGUGUGUUAGUAAAAGAGAUAAAAAGGCUGAAUCAAUUUUCCAGUAAAUCAUAUUGUACUAAUUUUUUCGCUGUGUAAUUCAAAAUUAAAAUUAUUGUACAUUAUUUCGCAGAUGUUAUCU